UCAUCAUUUGGGCGGGGACAAAUCCGGGACCGGGAGGUAGGUUGGACCUUUGAUAUCUUUUUUUUUUGCCCAGUUCCAAGAUGGCGCUCGCGACCACGCUAAGAAUACAAUGUGAAGCCUCAAAGCUGCCAUCACUCAAGAUGGCCGCCCCCACCGAGAUGACCGGGGUGUGCCGGGGGGGAAAGGUGCAGUAAGGUGGUCUGAGACGGUCUAACGUCGGACCAUGUUGAAGUUUCUGGGAUUGGAAAGCUUGAUGAUGGGGGGUGGGGCCCGUGGAGGGUAGAGGGAGCAAUAGCGUCCUUUCUCAGGCUAACCCGGGCCCCUGUCCCUCCUCUGGAUUGGGAUGGGGAACACACUGGGCCUGGCACCCAUGGGGGCCAUGCCUCGCCGGAGCCCCCGUCGAGAGGAACCUCUGCCCAAUCCCGGGAGCUUCGAUGAGCUGCACCGGCUAUGCAAAGAUGUAUUUCCAGCACAGAUGGAGGGAGUGAAGCUCAUUGUCAACAAGGUUCUGAGCAGCCAUUUCCAGGUGGCUCACACUGUACAUAUGAGUGCCCUGGGCUUGCCAGGUUAUCACCUCCAUGCGGCCUAUGCAGGUGACUGUCAGCUUAGUCCCAAUGAGGUAUUCCCCACUGUAGUAGGAGAUAUGGACAGCAGUGGUAGCCUCAACGCCCAGGUCCUGCUCCUCUUAGCAGAUCGGCUUCGAGCCAAGGCUGUCUUCCAGACGCAGCAGGCCAAGUUCCUGACUUGGCAGUUUGAUGGCGAGUAUCGGGGAGAUGAUUACACAGCUACAGUAACCCUGGGAAAUCCUGACCUGAUUGGAGAAUCAGUGAUCAUGGUUGCACACUUCCUGCAGAGCCUCACUCAUCGGCUGGUGCUAGGGGGAGAACUAGUUUAUCACCGGAGGCCCGGCGAAGAGGGGGCCAUCUUAACACUGGCUGGGAAGUACUCAGCUGUGCACUGGGAAGCUACAUUGAAUGUGGGGUCUGGCGGGGCCCAUGCAAGUUAUUACCACAGAGCAAAUGAACAGGUUCAGGUUGGAGUGGAAUUUGAAGCAAACACAAGAUUACAGGACACAACCUUCUCCUUUGGCUACCACCUUACUCUGCCCCAGGCCAAUAUGGUGUUUAGAGGCUUGGUGGAUAGUAACUGGUGUGUGGGUGCUGUGCUGGAGAAGAAGAUGCCUCCAUUACCUGUCACUCUAGCCCUCGGAGCUUUCCUCAAUCACUGGCGCAACAGAUUCCAUUGUGGCUUCAGCAUCACUGUGGGCUGAGUUUGUCCUCAAGCCCCCACAGCAGCUGGAACCUCUGAGUCAGGUGUCCUAGGGCCAGAGACUAGGCCCCCCUGUAGAGCUCACUUUGCUGGGUGAGCUCUAGAUCCCAGGUGCAGAGUCGGGACAGGACCAAUUCACCUCAGAACUGGAGCUGCCACAAGGGUAGCCAAUGAAGCAGUGGUUUGAGGAUCCCUCCUCUACCAUAAGCCUCUCUGUCAUCUUCCUUAGGGCUUUGGACUAAGAGGGGGAAAUUAAGGAUAUAUCUGGCUGAUAUUUC